AAAGUGAACUUGUUUAUUUAUAGCAGUAGAAAUGGUGGUCAAGCCGAGCAGCCCAACUGGACUGUGACUUUGCUCUACUGUCUCAGAUUGUACAUCUUGCGGGCGCGCGAACUCUGAACACUUUCCUGGCAUUUUUUUUUUCUCUGGAAACAACCGGAAAAUAGUUCAUAAGCAAACAAUCAAGCUCUGGGGAGCCCCUCCUCAAGUCAAUUUUGGAUUCUGGAACAAAAAAUCAGCACCCUUUAAUCUUCAAUGCCUGGUUCAUGAUUGCCCAGAAUUUGCUUUCGAUGGAUCCAUGACUGCCGGCGAUAGCAUGACCCAGUAGGGAGUAAAGGGCUUCUGAAGAACCCUUGGGUUUGAACAAACUCAAUUGGGAUAUGGACAGAUCUAGGUCCAAGAGGAACUACUACUAUGACCAGGACUAUGAAUCUGAAACCCUAGCGAGGACCAAACCCAGGUACAGCAACCAUAACCACCACCAUUAUACAGCGGCCGGCCACCAUCAUCGCCGCGGUGGCGGUGGCGGUGGCGGAGGCGGCGGCGGCGGCGCCAGAGCGGCCAAGGUCUCGGACUCGUCGUUGAUGGUCACCACGAGCUACCGGAUCCUUUGCCUCGACGUGAAGGCUGGUGGCGUAAUUGGGAAGUCCGGUAGCAUCAUUAAGGCGAUCCGGCAGCAUACCGGAGCAUGGAUCAAUGUACACGAGCUGGUUCCGGGCGACGAGGAGCGGGUUAUUGAGAUUUCGGAUACCCGGCGGCGCGACCCGGAUGGGCGAAUGCCGCAGUUCUCGCCGGCGCAGGACGCGCUGCGGCUGGUUCAUGAGAGGAUACUUGAUAGUGAUGGAGGAUUUGGUGGUGGUGAUGAGGAGGAUGAUUACGGGCCGCCUCGGGGCGGUGGCGGAAGCCGGGUGGCCACAAGGCUUGUGGUGUCGCGGAUGCAUGUUGGGUGUUUGCUUGGGAAGGGAGGGAAGAUAAUUGAGCAAAUGAGAGUUGAAACAAAGACCCAGAUAAGGAUUCUGCCAAGGGAUCACAGUUUGCCCCGUUGCGUAUCAAUGUCGGAGGAGAUUGUUCAGGUCGUGGGUGAUGUGAAUGCUGUGAAGAAUGCUAUAGAAAUUAUCUCAUUGCGCUUGAGGGAAAGCCAACACCGCGAUCGUAGUCAUGUCCAUGGGCGAUUACAUUCACCAGAGCGAUUCUUUCCUCCUGAUGAUGAUUUUUCUCACAUGAAUAACACAUCUCGACGACAAUCUUUGGAUGGGCCUACUUUCGGAUCACGAUUACCUGCUACCAUGACUAGCUUUAGAGGCAAUAACCAUGCCUCGCACGCUUCUGGUUCCACAGUGGAAUCUGGGGCUGCUCCUGCACUGGACAACAUGCAGCCAUUUUAUGGUGAGGACAUUGUGUUUCGAAUACUCUGCCCAAUUGAGAAGGUUGACAGUGUUGUUGGAGAAUCAGAUGGGAUUAUGGAUUUGCUUCAAAAUGAAAUUGGUGUUGAUGUUAAGGUUAAGGAUCCUAUGACUGGGUCAGAUGAACAGAUAAUUAGUAUUUCUUCUGAGGAGGGUCCUGAUGAUGAGCUAUUUCCAGCUCAAGAAGCUUUGUUGCACAUCCAAACCCGCAUUGUUGAUCUUGUUCCAGAUAAAGACAAUGUUAUUACUACCAGAUUACUUGUUCCAUCCAGUGAAAUUGAAUGUUUAGAUGGAAGAGAUGGAUUGUUAUCUGAGAUGAGGAGAUCAACGGGUGCAAACAUACAGAUCCUGCCAAAAGAAGAAGUCCCUGCAUGUGCGUUAGCAACUGAUGAGCUUGUACAGAUAGUAGGGGAGAUAAAGGCAGCUCGAGAUGCUCUUGUUGAGGUGACAUCAAGACUACGGAGUCACUUAUAUAGGGAGUUUUUCCUAAAGGACAUGCCACCAACGUCCAACUCUGCAGCAGGCCCUGUGGAGAGUGCAUUGGGGCAGGAAACAGCUUCUCCCAAUAAAGCAACUCCAGCUCCUGAAGUUUAUUCUGGAAGUGGUCCUCCAGUGACAUAUCAGAAUGCGCAAAUGGUAGCAACAACACAGCUGUCAAAGGAGUCUGCAGGGUCUAGCAGUGAACCAGUAAAGCAGAACGAAAGUGACCGGCGUGAAGAUGCGCCAAGUGGGUUGAGCAGAAUCCCCGUUCCACUUGUCACUCGGAGUAUACUGGAAGUUGUAAUACCAGAGCAUGCAGUUUCCAAGCUCAUAACGAAGACGAAAAACAGGCUUGCUCAGUUCAGUGAGUUGUCUGGAGCCAAUGUUAUCCUUAUAGAAGAUAGACCAGAUGUCACAGAAAAAAUUAUUCAAAUAUCAGGCACUCCAGAGCAAGCUGAGAAAGCCCAGAGCUUGCUCCAAGGCUUUAUUCUUAGCAGUAAGUCUCUCUCUCUCUCUCUGUGGGCGUGCGCCUGUGCAUAUGCUAAUUAUCGGCUUUCUUGGUAUUUUAUCUGUGUCCCAGCACAAGAGGAUGCCCUAUGAGGUGGUGUGACGAAUGGGCAUAUACCAAAAUGGGAUGGUGGCUUCCUGUGCUAAUUUGAAUGCCGAUUUCUUAGAUGUUUUUAUGAAAACCAUGGGGAGGGGAGAGCAUUUCACUCCAUAAUCCUGGUGGAGCAUUAAACAUUCUGCUGUAAAUUUAGUAGCCAAGCUCUACUGGGAAAAAAAAUUUCAUGGCUUAAGCAAGCAAUGUAGUGUGUCCAUUUUCCUGCAUAUAUGAGGCUGUGGUUCAGGGCUAGGGCUUUUCUACUUGAUUUUCAAUUAAGUGGUCUUUUUUAGUCCCUCCUUUUUUAAGGGUAGGAAGUACUAAAGUUGUUACACUUGAUUGGAGUCCAGUUGUGAUUGCUGUUCUCUAAAUGGCUGGAGUUCUUUUCGGAGCUAGCAUAGAGCCAUCCAAGGGAAAGUGAUGUUUGAAAAUGAGAUGUUCUGUAUAUAAACAGAGACAAGCGUAUAAAUGGUCCUCUAAUUUUACUUCUCUUUUUUGGCCCUGCUUUUCACAAGCCGCCCAUUGAUUUUCAGUGUGCUUUUCUUUGUUAAUUGAUUCAUGUUUAUGUUUAAACUUGACCCCCCUUAGUUAUUAAUGGCAGCCACGACUGAUUCACUGUUGUAUAAGAAUACUAGUUUCUCCGCAUUUAUUGAAUUAGGAGGAAUGAAAUUAAAUUUAUUACUUGAUUUUAUCA